UUUAUUGAUCUCGGGAGGAUGGAUACGAAGAAGUUGUAUCGAAUGUUCCAUGAUUGUUACGAGGAGAAGAUAAAGGUGGACGAAGUGAUCACUUUCGUCCGGAGUAACGCAACUAAUGUUGAGCAACAGACCGACCUUGUUGACAUGUUUGCCGUGCUGGACAUAGAAUCCGCCACCAAGGAGGACGUUAAGGAUCGCGAGAUAUUUAUCAAGGUGUUGGAGUCCGUUACAAAACACAUCAAACACGACAUCCUUAAAGAGCGGCUGGAAUAUGACACUCUGGAGCGGGUAAAGCUUAUCAGCAACAGCAAACAGUUCAACACAAAGUACGUGAGAACUAGAACGAAGUUGUUCUACAAGCAGCAGAAGUUUAACUUGUUACGAGAGGAGAAUGAGGGGUAUAACAAGUUGAUCAUGGAGCUGGCUAACCCUCCCUCAGAUGCACAGACAAUGAUAGAUCACCUUCUCAAGCUUAUUGGCAGGUUUGAUCUGGAUCCUAACAGAGUGUUAGACUUGGUACUAGAAACCUGGCAGAACUACUUGGAUAAGAGCGAGUUCUUCUUGCAGCUCGUCAAACUCUUCCCCAAACAGGACGACGCUCUUUGUAGAAUGCUUGGUUACAGCUUCGCUUUCUACGAGAACGAGCCGGACGGCACACCAGAGUCCCUGUUCAAAGUGGGCGCGCUGCUCAUAAAGCGCGGAAUCAUUGAUCUGCACGUGCUGUACUCACACCUGGGACCGAGUUACGACCAGAUGAAAACAGAGUACAACAAGCGGCUUAGUGACGCUAGAGAGAAGGCGAAAUCCUUGGUGACAGUGUCGUUGAACAAAGACGACGCAGAGGAGAACAGUGACUCCAAGUCGUCGAGCAGCAAGAAGGCAGGUGUAGCAGAGGUAGUUACACUGUGUAUCAUGAAUGGAGCUAGGAUCCAGUCACCAACACCCCUCUCUGAUUCAGAGACAAAUUGA